AUGUCCGAUGCUCGCUCCUUGCUGAGAGCUCACCGGGCUGCGAACCGCAUUGAGCACCCCCACGCAGCUUACAGCGACGCCGGCAAGCUGCUUUGCAAGCUAUGUCGCGAAGUUGUCAGGUCCGAAGCGGGUUGGGACAACCACCUACGCAGCUCAAACCAUGAACAGAAGGAAGCCGAAUCGGUAGCAAUUCCUGCACCUUCCAUAGAGUCUACGAGCAAGAGGAAGCACGACGAUGUCGAGGAAAUGGAUGUCAAUUAUGGGGAUAGUCUGGAUAAUCCACAGCCCAAGAAGAGGAACAUGACUGCUUCUACCACAAACGGUGACAAGGAAAAGUCAGGAACACCUCCUGGGCUAAACAGACGGACCUCGACUACACCAGCACAAGGCUUUGAGAUCUCGAUUCCCUCCCGCCCCGCCACGCCACAAAUAGGCGAAGGCUCGCAAACAUCGACACCUAACAUGCCGCCCUUGGGUCGCUCGCCGUUGAUCGGCCUCGGGCCAGAACAUGCUGGCGCGCCAAAUAUCAGCCAUCUGCCAAUUUCGACAGAAAGCUUGCCUGUCUCUACGAUUGCCGCUACUACGGGGGCUCCCACGAGUGGUGCUAUCGACGAAGCAGAGUGGGCAGCCUUUGAAGCCGAGGUUGCUUCACCCGACUAUGCCGAUGCUGUCAUUUCCGCUCCGGCUCUAACCGCUGGAGAGGUGGCUGCCAAAUCGCAAGAGGAGGAGAAUGAGCGAAGGAAACACUUACUCGACACUGAGAUAGCAGAUGAAAAGGAGGACGCGACUCGCGCACUCGAGGACGAGUUUGCCGAGAUGGCGCAACUCGAAUCCCGCGUCCGCAAGCUGAAAGAACGUCGUGAGGAGUUGCGAAAAGGCACUGUUGCAAACCUGGGGAGUACCGCCAUGGAUAGCACGAUUGAAAAGACUGUCAAGGAAGCACUGGGCAAGGAGAAUGCGAGUUCUACGAAUGCGGUGGAUAUGGAAAGUGACGAGGACGAGGAUGACGACGAGGACUGGGAUGAUGGCUUCCGCUUCCGUGGUGCAUAG